AUGUUUACGGUGCCAAAGUUCUCAAAUCCUACCCUCAACGGCGACGCUCUCGAAAUCACUACGCGCGCUGCCCUUAAAGACGACGAUGUUGUCAUUAGGUCUGGUGAGACGGACGAGAAUCGCAGCAAAUUGCUCAGCGAGCUAGAGCAGUUGGUGAAGAGAUCUCUCGGUGAUGUUUAUCUCAGUAUGGACGCGUCAAUGGCCGAUGAAGAGGAGCAUUUAAGAAAGAAAAAGAAGCGAAAGACGAAACGGAAUGACGAGGCGGGGACAGACUUGGUGGAGUCUAUGCCUUUCCGUCUUGUGUCAGAGAGGCUACCUCCUAAACCUGUCUCAUUGAGUGCUCAGCCAAUCCCGGCUCUAAAUGUGAAGGAACCUGAAUGCGAAGAUGAUGACGUGGAGGCGGAGCGACGAAGAUCUCAAGCACAAGCGGUCGCCGUAGACUUCGGGUGGAUUGAGCAGGAAGGGGAAAAGAUCUUUCAUUCGCACCCGCAAAGUGACAAGAAGAUCCUUCAUGUACAAGCCAAACUUCCAUCACCACAUCCUCAGAUGUUUUUAGCUGAGAUCCCUAAAGACCCACCGGAGCCGCCCAAGAUAACAUCCCUGAAGCCAGGCUCAGAGGUCCUACCGUCCCCGCACAAUCCUUCCUACAACGACAUUUCCUGUACUGUCGUUUCUGUAAUUCCAACCGCAUCGGUGUAUGCAUUGAAAGAUACCCAUCAAAAAAGGCGGCGGCGGAAGCAUUCUCGCGCAUCUGAACCUCGGCCUCCUGCGAUGUUUUGGCGGCCGCUUCUCGAAUGGGGAGCCAAGGCGGCAGGCUAUGCCAUGGGCUACGGUGGUAGCUGGCCGGUGUACAAGGACGAUCCUCUACGAUACCAGUAUCACAGGGAUACCAUGCGUAAGGGUGUAGUUGCAACAUAG